UAGACGGGUGUACAUAUGGGAAGGGGGUGUCCAUGCACAUUCCUCCUAGGCAGGGGUGAUGGGAGGCUUGCAGGGACGGCAGCGGCUUGGUCUUGCUCCAGUGGGUUGUCCAGUGAGUGAUUCCUGUUUCCCCUAAGGCUGCCUCUCAUUAGCAUGAAUCAGGGGAAGGGCGUAAAAGACUCCAGUUUGUGUUGUGUCUGGAAAAACUUUACUUCAAAAUGACAACCAAAGUGUUCUGGCUCCUCUGCUUUGUCGUUAGAUCAUCUUCCAGCUCAAUGGCCGGACCCCUGUCCUAUGCUGAGAAAUCCAGUCAGACUCUCAGCAAAGAUGCUUACACUUCAGCAGACGCUGCGCCUGGCCACCUCAAGCCGCCAGCCUGGGCCACCAGCAGCGCCAGGGACAAUCACACCAAACGCUGGCUUCUGCUUCCCACCGACCUGCAGCGUCCAAACCCUCCUAAAAUCACCUUUCUCUCCUCAGACAAAAAGAAAUGCACCAAGGCUUCUCAAGAAAACAGCACGGGCCUGAGGAAACACCUCUUGCAGUAUGGAGGGGCCCUGCCUCUGGGGAACCCGACUGAGGGGCCUCCUUCUGCCUCGUUUGACUUCAACCAUGCCAACAGAAAGCAUGCGGAUAGACGGCUGGCCGAGGCUGGCAACAGCGUGUCAGCUCACUUCCACCACGCAGUAUCUUCCUACCUAAAGAUGACAUCCUUAGUGGAGGCUCAUCCUUUUCUGGACUCUGGAGCAGCGGAGUCAGAUGAUCCUAACACGCUGGAUCACUUCAACCGACCACGGAAUAUAAUACCCUAUAAACACACUGAUCCCUUCAGGAAGGUCACCAAACCCUCCUGGGUCACCAACCGCCAGUCAUCCAGCUUGCCGUACUACUUCAGUGUGCUGAAGAAAGAUGGCGAUAAAGAGAAGGCAUGUCUGACCGAGUGCAAGAAAGAGAGAGAUGAAGUGGAGGCCUACUGCGUGAGCGAAUUUGCGGUGAAUGGAAUUGUUUACAACAUGGAAAGACUGGGGAAUGGAGUCUACUUGAUUACGCUUUUGGUAAACAGCGAUGGAUUAUACAAGAUGAAUCGCCUGUAUAUUACUCCUGAUGGCUUCUUCUUUCGAGUUCACCUUCUGGUUGUGGAUACUUUAAACUGCAGUAAACCGUGUCUGGACUUUAAACUUGGCAGCAGAUACAUUGUGAUGGGUCGGAUCUACCGCAAGAGACGACAGAUCCCUGCAAACCUGCUGCAGCUCCUGCGCGGGCACCUGAGGCCAGGGGACGGCUUGCUGAGGAGCAGCAGUUACGUGAAGAGGUUCAACAGGAAGAGGAAUCGCAAAGUGCAAGCAGCUCACGCUAAAUGCAGAUAAGGCUCCAGUAACCUCCCUCUGUCUAGGACAUGGGCAGCAGCAGAACUUCUCUCACAGAAUAAACACACGACCUGAAUACUUUGACUAGGUACCCAGAUAUUGUGAAGUUCUGUUAGGUAAAAGUUUUUGCAUGGAGUGCAGCAUAUACAGAUGCAAUUUUCCUGAGAGAUUUUGAGGGGGCUUUUGAUUUGGCAGAACUGUUCCUGGCAAUGAAUCAAAGCAUUGGGUAGACUGGGAGGGACAAAAGGAAGGAGGAAGGGUUACAAGUGCAUCUCAAGUUUCUCUGUGUCUAUUUUCCACUGAAGUCCAGGGACAAACCAGCAAGUCUUACAGUCAUCCAUUUGCCCAGAACAGCAAUUAAGCACUCUUCCCCACCCCCAAGACGUUACUGUAAUAUAGAAUAGGGAAAGCGUGGGUACAAAAAUAACAUCCUCGACUAGAUCUUACUUGGAUUGUCUCUCAGAAGAGAUAUAAAUGAUAGUAAUGCAGUGCAAUGCUAAUGCAUCCAAAGCCCGAGUAAAAUGACACAUUGUGUCUGCACCACACUCAGACAUAGCUGUUGCUCUAGAAGAAAGCAUGAAGAGCAAUUCAUUCUGCGUUCUCUUUUUGUGUUAGUCACCUUACCUUUCUUUUCUUGCUUGAAUGGUGACUCCUUUGUCACUUGACAAAAAGACAAUCAAGUUGGUAUAGUUCACGUUAUCAAAAUCUGUGUUACGAUAUAACCAUUUUGAAACAGAUACUGCAAUAAUUUGUAAAAAUACAAAGAGGAGGAGGACUCAACAGAGAUCACAAAUCUUACGAAUUUACCAGGCUUUUAAGAAAGGUGAGCACUAAUUACAAGACCUAGAUUUUCAGUAACACCAUUAAACUAUAAAAGAAUACCAUUAAUAUAUCAAGAAAAAGUACCUCAACCUACUCAACGGCAAUUGAAAACACUAAAAAAGGCUCUCGGCCAUACAAUUAAACGGUACGUAUGGAUUAUUUCCCUGAUCAACCUGAUUCACUGGCAACUAUAUAUAAUCUGGCAAAGC